GUAGCGGCGGCUCCGACUGCGUCUCCUUCUUCUCUGAGGAGCUUGAAGUUGAGCCGCAGAGAUUUCUGCGCUCAUUGACGAUGUGGAGCGGAUUUUUACGACCCGGAGGAGAUUGAUGCGUUUAGUCCAGCUUGUUCCGUCAUCGGCGGCGGCGGGUGCAGAGAUGUUGGACUGGAGGGUUUCAUGUGUGCUGGUGCAGACGGCGGCGCUCCUGCUGCUGAGCUCCGGGGAGAAGAGCUGCCCCGUGAGCUGCCGCUGCGAAGGGAAGAUUGUGUACUGCGAGUCUGGCAUUUUCCACGGCCUCCCUGCAAACAUCAGCUCGGGAUGCCAGGGUCUGUCGCUGCGCUACAACAGCCUCCAAGUGCUGCUGCCGUACCAGUUCGCUCAUCUCAACCAGCUGGUCUGGCUCUACCUGGACCACAACUCCGUGGCCUCGGUGGAUGGCCUCGCCUUCCACGGGGUGCGCAGACUCAAGGAGCUCAUCCUCAGCUCCAACAAGAUCUCGCACCUGCACAACAAAACGUUCAGCGCCAUUCCAAACCUGCGGAACCUGGAUUUAUCCUACAACCAGCUGCAGUCCCUGCACCAGGGACACUUCUACGGUCUACGCAAACUCCAGAACCUCCACCUGCGAUCCAACGGCUUGAAACAGAUCCAGGUCCGCACCUUCAUGGAGUGUCGCAGCUUGGAGUUCCUCGAUCUGGGCUACAACCGCCUCCGCAGCGUCAGCCGCACCACCUUCCUGGGUCUGUUCCGACUCAAGGAGCUCCACUUGGAGCACAACCAGUUCUCGCGGAUUAACUUCUUCAUUUUCCCACGACUCAGCAGCCUUCAGUCGCUCUAUUUGCAGUGGAACCGCAUCCGCUCCAUCAGUCAGGGCGUGCGCUGGAUUUGGGUGAAGCUGCAGAAGCUGGACCUGUCCGGGAAUGAAAUCCAGGUUCUGGAUCCCGUUGUUUUCCAGUGCAUGCCCAACCUGGAGACCCUCAACCUGGAGUCGAACAAGCUGAGCAGCGUGUCUCCGGAGGCCGUGGCUGCCUGGAGGUCGGUCAGCAGCAUCAGCCUGGCUGGCAACUCCUGGCACUGCAGCCCGGAGAUCUGCCCGCUCAUGGGCUGGCUGAAGACCUUGAAGGACGCCAAAGACAUUAGCAUGAUCUGCAGCAGCCCCAAGUCCUUGCAAGGGGAGCGGGUGGUGGACGUGGUGAGGAACUUCACCGCCUGCGUGGGGAACUCGAUGACCGCCGUCACCGCCGUUUGGACUUCAUCCUCCUCUCUGGUGAAUAUGACCCAACCUUUUCCAACGUUCUACCCCGAGGAGCUGGAUACCGACUCGACGGUGUUUUUCUCCUCGCCGGGCCCGCUGACUGACGAAACCACCUUUUUUUCUCCGUCCCCCGAACCCCCCACGUCCUCCCACUCGGAGCUCCCGUUUGAACACAUGGUUUUCCAUAAAAUCGUAGCAGGCGGCGUGGCCCUGUUCGUGUCGGCGUCUCUGAUCAUGCUGGUUAUCUACGUGUCGUGGAAGCACUACCCCAACACGGUGAGGCAGCUGCGGCAGCACUCGGUCAACCACAAGCGGCGGAAAAAGGGCAGCAAGCAGGAGCAGGACCUGAGCGCUCAGCUGCAGGAGUACUAUCUCAGCUACCACUCCAACUCCGAGACCACGGACUCGCUGGUCAACGAGGCCAGACCUUGUACAUGCACCAUCUCUGGAUCUAUAGAAUGUGAAGUGUGAGGGCACCACUCCACCUUAAAGGUAAAGUCAAAGUGCAAUUGUUAACCGUCUCUUCCCGGGAGGUGCAGAUGCUACAGCACACUGAGGGGAAUACUUGAUCUUACAGCACAAUGAUGUGCGGCGCGUCACUACGGAGCGGGAUCUCUUUCACCUCAAGAGCAAGGAGGUCCUGUGGACGCCGGAGGCUUUCACUUCUUCCGUCAGACGUCUUCAGAGAGGAACUCUUUUCUAGCUCAUUUUUAAAAAGGAUCAUCUGACUUGUAAAAUAUUGAUGUGACUUUUUUGAUUUCAGAGCCCGUAAUGUGUGGCAGAUGAGAGACAGUCCGCAGUGGUACGUGUUCACCCUGUAUUCAAACAAGAGUCAAGUUCGGGGGAAAUGUAAAGCUUCCGCAGGCGAUGGGUAAAUUACAGAGCGGCUCUGACAGAUCAAUCCCAGUCUGUUCCUGUCUUCUCCGCCCUACAUACUGUCUUCAAUUCAGGCUUUCAGGUCGCGCUUCUUUUUCUCAUCUACUCAUCUAGUCUUAUGCUCAGUUGUUGUUGGGAAGCCAGUCAUGUGUAACGCUCGAGCCAAUGAGAUCCGUUUCUGGCCAGCAGUUUGAGUCACGCUGCAGAGUCAUAAGUAAGAGCAAGAGUGAGAAUCCAUCAAGAGAAGGAGAGGGAGUUUGGCUAUACGGCAGCGCAGUAAAGAAAGUCCGAUCAGGCUCGUGCCUCCUAGUGGGAGAGCGAGCGACCAGAAAUACGUCCUCACCUGCAGAGCUGUGCUCCGUUUAAGAGCCUUGGCACUUCACGCCCAGAGGCGAACAGGUCCACGGAUGGCUGUUUAUCUAUGAAGCCAAAAACACAUCAGCAGAAAGCAGCACUUUUCAGCUGCACUCACAAAUCCCAUCCACUCUUUUAUGGCUGUUGGGGGCUCCUCUCUGGCACCUUUGGUUCUGGGUCCAGUUCACUUAGCAUCAGUGUCAUGUUAUAGCAUGAAUCAUCUCUCUGCGAACAGCGUGUUGUUCCAACAUCACAGCCAAAGUGCAACUCGGCAGUUUAUGGAAAUGUAUGAAACAGUUCAUGAAACGUGUCCGCGUCCUCAGAGCUCAGUAGGUGGCGCUGUAGAGCGGUUUAUUGAAGUAGUUUGAUGCCAAGGAUUUUAGGGUAGAGAGUGCCAUCUAGUGGGCUAGAGAAAUGAGACGCUGUUUCAUGAAGCCUCACCAGCCCAUCACGGAUAAGUACCUAUGGGCUGACGAAGCAUCAUGACGUUAUUACUUCGGUGACCACUAGAGGCUCCGUCUCUGCUCGAAGAUCUCUAUUUUAGUGUAACUUCAGGUCAUAUUGAAACUUAGAGCAUCACCUACUGAGAAAUCAAUGACACUGCGUUGUGAAGCUUUGUCCCCCCAUUAUGAGACAAGGUCACUCUGGAUUGUUGAGUUGCACAAACCUAUGUUUUAAUAUCAGCAAAUCUAAAACAUUACAUUUAUAAAAAUAUAAACUAUUUUAAAUACAGUUAUAUUAGUGGUGGGACUUUAAUGAGUUAAUGACAAUUACGAUUCAUUAAUUACAACAAAAAUUUGAUUUAAUUUAAUUUAAUUUAAUUGAACAGUUUGCUCUCCAACACGGAACCUUUGUCAGCGCAGGAGUUCCUGCUCUACUGAUCCCACUGAUGCACAAGACACGCGGCAGCUGGGAUGAUAACAACAACAACAAACAUGGAGGAAUCAUCCCUGAACCAAAGCAAACAAAAGCAUCUGUUUGCUUUGAUUCAGGGAUGUUAUUCACUACACAAUGUCCAGGGUUUCCACCACUCUGAAUGGACUUGAUAUUUUUAUACGAUUGAAAUUCUCAUACAAAUAUUUUCAAGACAUUAAAAGAGCUUUAGUUGAAGUCAGGUGAUAUAAAAACUUGAAUACAGCCACCCUCCUGAUUUAUUGUGCUGUUGUCAAACUGAUGCAAAAUAAACAAUAUUUUGUUGUUUAAAUGUAUGUAUGGCUCCAUCAUUUGAUUCAGUAAAAUACCAAAUUCAUUCACAUUGAAAAAUGUGGCUUCUUGUGGCAAAUAUUCUGAUACCAUUAAACUGCGAUUAAUUUAGAUUAAUGAAUCACAAAUUCUCAAAUUAAUUUGAUUAAUCUUUUUAAUCAAAUCCCACCCCUAGUUUAUAUAUAUAGAUAUAUUCACAUUACCAAAUUCAUUAUCAACGUCAUAGAAUGUUAUCCGAAUGUAUCAUUUCCUAAAAAAGUGAUAUCAACCUCUGAAAAGACGCUUAUGCGCCAGAGAAGACGUUUAUAUUGACAGCCAAACACAAGGCAUCAGUCACUGCAGGAUCAGCCCAGGCUACUUCCUGUUUGGGUGACGACGGUGACUCAGCCAAUGAGAGCAAGUUACAUUCACUGAUGCAUUGAUUUUAUUUAUUAUGUGACUCAAUAGAAACACUUUCUGUGGCAUAUAAACAAGAGUCAGAAUGUGUUACUCUGCCAAUCAGGUGGUGGUGCUCCGGGCGCCUUGUCACAUUCGCGAGGUUUGCCUUUGUGUUGACAGACUUGGAACUGUCUGUGUGACAACACUGACCGACGGAUAAUUGGCCGCCAUCUAUUUCAUCAUGUCACAGAGUGACCUGGUGAAUCACCUCCCACGCACACUUCAAAACGGCACACACUAUUCUGCACAGGCCCACGGGAUCGGAGUAAGCAUCUGCCAAACCUCUGAAUACACUGCACGAAAGCCACAUUUCAGUGUUUUUAUCCGGCGACAGAUGACUAAUAUGUACUCUCUCAAAUGUAUAUUGUGGGAAUAAGAUAUUCAAGCAUGAUAGUAUAUGUGCUACUAUACCAACACGACAAUCCUACUGAGGCUAAACACAUGAAACUUCACUACAUGGUGUUUAUAUUUAUUAUAUAAACAGGAUGCUCGUAUUGUUCUGAAAAUAUCUAGUAUUGUCUUGAGUUGUCAAGUAAAUAUGUUGUGGUGUUUUGUACAACCACCUACGCUCUCUGCAAACGUCCUGAGAGAGAAGACAAGGUCGGUCGCUGGGGAUCAGAUGCAGGAAUGAGUCAAACAUUUCUGAACAGAUUAAAGAGAAACUUUCAGUUUCAUUGUUGGCGAGGAACAGAUGAUAAUAUUGUACUGGUACUGUUCGGAACAGAAAAGUUAAAAACCAAACCAAGGACUGUCAUGUGUGUGUUGGAAUGAUUGAACUAUGACUUGACACUGAUUAUUUUCCCGGUAAUUUAUUCCAGAGCUCAUGGUUCCGGGACUUGUGAGGCUGCAUCCUACAGCUCUCUGCAUCCUCCUCACUGGCAUAACAAACAUUCACUGCCGCAUUCACUGACCUUGUUAUUCUGAACUUCAAACACUUCCUCUAAACGACCAGAGGAUGUGAGAAAAACCUUCGUGAGAAGUCGACUGGCUGCCAUGUUUACCUCCAGCAGACGCCAUUAUCAAAGUUGAGCUGGACAUUUGAAAUACUAAAACUUGUUCCACUGUUUUCAGGAGGAUUUUCAAAGUCUUUAAUAGUUUUUUUUUUAAUGAAACAAAGGAAAACAAAGGAAAGGUUGGCGGCAUUGCUGUUUACUUCACGAUCAUUUAUGCGGUCUGAGGACGGCUAAUGGUGUUUGGUGAAAAAGAUUCAACAGAAAAAUACCCAUCGGAGCCUGGUAUAUACUGACUUUCAGUGGAAUUUUUUACCGAAUGUUUCCCUCGCCUCUCAUUUUUGUGUGUAAAACCUUGGGUUUGCGCAUUAAAUGUGAUGACUGUGUACUUUCAAAGAUCACUGUCAGUGAUUACGUCGGACACAAGAGUCGACCCGUAGCUCGCUGCUCUGCCGCACAUCUCAUCGACGGAACUGCUGUCAGACAAUGCUGCUAUUUUUUCCCCCUUAAAAUGCAUUUGAACUGACUCAUUCAUUUCCUCAUUUGUAUCUACACUCCGCGCUCACGGCAAUGACUGCGACGGUGAGACAAAGGCGAUGAGCGAUCUGUGUAGUCGCAGCGCGGCACCAUGCUGUCAGUACACAUCUGCCGAGGUGAGGACACCUUUGUUUGAGCUCCAGAAAGACUCCAGUUGUAAAGCCUGCGCACCCACUCGGCGUGUUUCACAUCAAUUUUGUAUCAUUUUAUUGAAAGAGCUCCUAAUGUUCACAGGGUUUCUGUUACUAUCAAGAGCGCAGUUGGACCCUCGCCUCCACGGGUAGCUGUUCCCAAAGCAAGAUGAAAUUCAAACCUGCCUCCUGUGGCAGCACGGAUUGUAUUCAACUGAAAUAUAGGACGCAUUUUGAUCGAGAGUUUUCUUUUCCACUUUUAAUAUGAGCUUUGUUUUUAUAUCUACAUUUUGUACUUUUUAUCUUUUUAUUAUCGCCACUGUUUUUUCCCCCCUUUUAUUGUGUUUCCUCAGGCAGGGCUGUCCGUGCUAAGGAGCGGUACCGAUUGACCCGUCGUAAACAGUCAUGACGCCAUUUUGGCGACGGCGGGAUGCACUGUUGCAAGUCUAGCGGAUGAAAACAGCACCCCAGACUUCACUUAAGAGUCAAUGUAGGUGGCGCUAAGAGCCAUUUCAGUUGCCAAGAUGUCGACUGUAGUGAUGGGUAGAUGAGGCAUCAUGAAACCGCAGGGUUGAUGAAACAGUGUCAUCAUUUUCAGCCCACUAGAUGGCGCUAUUGGUUUAGAAAUGAUGUGAGGUUUCAUUGAAUGUUCAAGUCCAAACAUGUUACGGCAGGCAGCGCCAUCUGGUGGCCUCUGAAAAUCAAGACACUGUUUCAUGAAGCCUCACCUAUCCUUCACUUGUGAACCAGUUUAAAGCAGUGUCCCAUUGAUCGGCUGCUGAGGUGGACCACGUUCAGCGCCCACACUUGCAAAAGUCAUCAGAGAUCCAAGUCGUGUGUGUUUGUUUCGUGUGGUUAUCUCGGGUCUGGGCAGCCCUGCUCCUCCAUAAUGGGGCUGUGUUUUCUCGGUCUCGCCUCCUGCACGCCUGUUUGAGUGCGAGCGUGUGUGUAAAUACAUAUUCAUUCCUCCGUAUGUUUGAGUUCUUCGUGCCUUCCUGUCUUUUCUUAUCAAUGCAUUCUUCUGCUGUGUAAUGUAAC